AGAACGAACGCGUCUUCUCUCGCUUCACGUCUUUAUAUCUCGCUACGCGGUUUCCACUCGGAUGCGUCUACCGGAGGGGGAGAACGAGAGAGAGCAAGCGAAGCGAUGCGGCGGCGAUUGUGCUGGCACCCAGUGCACCGCUGCUUCGGGUGGUGCGGCGCCCGGGGUGGGGCCGGUGCGGACGGCCUUCUUUGGCAUACGGACCUAAAGCCCCACGCAUCCGGCGACUUCUCCAUCGCCGUCGUCCAGGCCAAUAACUCGCUCGAGGAUCAGGGGCAGGUGCUCGCCUCUCCCUCCACCACCUACUUCGGCGUCUUCGACGGCCACGGCGGCCCCGAGGCCUCCCGAUUCGUCAAUAACCGCAUCUUCUCCCACCUCCACGAGAUUGCGUCGGAGCAAGGAGGCCUCUCGGUCGAGGUAAUACGCAAGGCGUUCAAUGCCACCGAGGAAGAGUUCUUACAACUGGUGAAGAGAUCAUGGCUUUCUCGACCAAAUAUUGCAUCGGUGGGGUCAUGUUGCCUCGUCGGUGCGAUCACAGACAACGUUCUCUACGUGGCCAAUCUGGGAGACUCCAGGGCAGUGCUCGGCAAGCAGGGAAGUGAUGGGAGGUCCGUGGUGGCAGAGCGGCUGUCGAGAGACCAUAAUGUCGCUGAGGAGGAUGUGAGGAAGGAACUUGCUGAACUCCACCCUGAUGACUCCCGCAUUGUUCUAUGUAACAGAGGCGUCUGGCGGAUCAAAGGGAUCAUCCAGGUAUCAAGGUCGAUCGGUGAUGUCUACCUGAAGAAACCCAGUUUUUCCAGGGACCCAUUGUUUCAGCAAUGUGCUGCUCCCAUUCCACUAAAACGGCCUGUCAUGACUUCAGAGCCUUCAAUUAGGACACGUAAGCUUACACAACAAGACUUGUUUCUGAUAUUUGCAUCGGAUGGUCUCUGGGAACAACUAAGUGAUGCAGCUGCAGUGGAUAUUGUCUUCAAAAGCCCCAGAGCAGGAAUAGCCAAGCGACUUGUCAGAGCUGCUCUCACUGAAGCCGCCAAGAAAAGCGAAAUAAAAUAUGAUGACAUAAAACAUAUGGAAAAGGGAGUAAGGCGCCACUACCAUGAUGAUAUAACAGUCAUCGUUAUCUAUCUCGACCAUUUCGAGGGGAAGGCUUCCAAGCUUCAGGGAAGCACUUUUGACUGCACCAGUGCACCCGUGGACAUUUUCUCCCUCAAUGCAGCUACUACUUGAAGAAAUCUUAGCUCUCAUGUGUUGGUUGCAAGAAGGCAUAUAUUUGUGAUCAGGGUGCAACAGCUGACUAAACUGUGGGCAAAAUCUCGGUAUAAGGCGCAAAUUUAGAGUUACAGAACUUAUUGGCUACCAGAAAGAGAUUGAUCCUCGAUUGAGUUAGCUUAGUAAUUGGUGUAGAUAGCUUUGUAUUUGAUAAUUUAGGUUAGCUGGCUAUGGUUUUUUGAUUCAAACAAAAGUGCACUUUCUGAGAGGAAAUCUAAAGUAAUGAUCUCGCCUCUCAUCAGUUGGUCUUUGCGUCCCUGAUUGAGAAUUACUAGUACAAAAAAAGUACAAAAUUUUGAGGAAUAA